GAGCCCUCGGGGAGUGGUCCGACCGCGGGCGGUUGCCGGUGAGGAGCGGGGCGGGGGGCGGGGGAGGCCAUGGCCGGACGCUGGUGGCGGCGCGCUCCCCUCCGUCGCGGCGCUGGCGGCGGUCCCCGGGUUCGCCGGCUCAUGCGGCCCCUCUGGUUGCUCCUGGCAGUGGGAGUCUUUGGCUGGGCCGGGGCUUCGGACGGCUCCGGCCGAGCGGCGAGAGCCAUGGACGAGGAGAUAGUGUCCGAGAAACAAGCCGAGGAGAGCCACCGGCAGGACAGCGCUAACCUGCUCAUCUUCAUCCUGCUGCUCACCCUCACCAUCCUCACGAUCUGGCUCUUCAAGCAUCGCAGGGCCCGCUUCCUGCACGAAACUGGCCUGGCUAUGAUUUAUGGUCUUUUGGUGGGUCUUGUGCUUCGGUAUGGUAUUCAUGUUCCGAGUGAUGUAAACAACGUUACCCUGAGCUGUGAAGUGCAGUCAAGUCCAACUACCUUGUUGGUAAAUGUUAGUGGAAAAUUUUAUGAGUAUACACUGAAAGGAGAGAUUAGCUCACAUGAACUUAAUAAUGUUCAAGAUAAUGAGAUGCUUCGAAAGGUUACUUUUGAUCCGGAAGUAUUUUUCAACAUACUGCUUCCUCCUAUCAUAUUUUAUGCAGGCUAUAGUCUCAAAAGGAGACAUUUCUUUCGAAACCUUGGCUCUAUUCUAGCAUAUGCUUUUCUUGGAACAGCAAUUUCUUGUUUUGUUAUUGGGUCCAUAAUGUAUGGCUGUGUGACACUGAUGAAAGCGACUGGACAGCUUGCAGGAGACUUUUACUUUACAGAUUGCCUGCUGUUUGGUGCCAUCGUGUCAGCAACUGAUCCAGUGACUGUUCUUGCCAUAUUCCAUGAGCUUCAGGUUGAUGUUGAACUCUAUGCACUUCUGUUUGGUGAAAGUGUCCUCAACGAUGCCGUUGCCAUAGUGCUGUCCUCCUCAAUAGUGGCGUACCAGCCAGCUGGAGACAACAGUCAUACCUUUGAUGUCACAGCCAUGUUCAAGUCUAUUGGGAUCUUCCUUGGGAUCUUCAGUGGGUCUUUUGCCAUGGGUGCUGCUACUGGAGUGGUGACAGCUUUAGUAACAAAGUUUACCAAAUUGCGAGAGUUCCAGUUGUUGGAGACAGGCUUGUUCUUCUUGAUGUCCUGGAGUACCUUCCUCUUGGCUGAAGCAUGGGGCUUCACAGGUGUAGUUGCAGUAUUGUUUUGUGGCAUCACACAAGCACAUUAUACCUACAAUAACUUGUCUACGGAGUCUCAACACAGAACUAAACAGUUGUUUGAGCUUCUCAAUUUCUUGGCAGAGAAUUUCAUCUUCUCUUACAUGGGACUGACCCUGUUCACCUUCCAGAACCAUGUCUUUAACCCAACAUUUGUAGUAGGAGCAUUUAUUGCUAUUUUCUUGGGAAGAGCUGCUAAUAUUUACCCCUUGUCCCUCUUACUUAAUUUGGGUAGAAGAAGUAAGAUUGGAUCAAAUUUUCAGCAUAUGAUGAUGUUUGCUGGCCUCCGCGGGGCAAUGGCGUUUGCUCUGGCCAUUCGUGACACGGCCACUUAUGCCCGCCAGAUGAUGUUUAGCACCACACUUCUGAUCGUGUUUUUUACUGUGUGGGUAUUUGGUGGUGGCACUACUGCAAUGCUGUCAUGCUUACAUAUCAGGGUUGGCGUUGAUUCAGACCAAGAACAUUUGGGUGUUCCUGAAAGUGAAAGGAGAACUACCAAGGCUGAGAGUGCUUGGCUCUUCCGGAUAUGGUACAACUUUGAUCACAAUUACCUGAAACCUCUGCUGACCCACAGUGGCCCUCCGCUCACCACCACACUGCCAGCCUGCUGUGGACCCAUUGCCAGGUGCCUGACCAGCCCCCAGGCUUACGAAAACCAAGAACAGUUGAAAGAUGAUGACUCUGAUCUCAUCCUUAAUGAUGGCGAUAUCAGUUUGACAUACGGCGAUUCUACAGUGAACACUGAAUCCGCAGCAUCCAGUGCCCCUCGAAGAUUUAUGGGAAACAGUUCUGAAGAUGCCCUGGAUCGGGAGCUUGCAUUUGGGGAUCAUGAACUGGUCAUCCGUGGAACACGCCUGGUUCUGCCUAUGGAUGAUUCUGAACCCCCAUUAAAUUUGCUAGAUAAUACAAGACACGGCCCAGCCUAAUCUUAUUAAGCCUCACUUAGUGAUUUAUACAAUUUGCACAUGUGAUUGUGAAGAAAUUUGUACUACCUAAAAGUCCCAGUGCAUGUCUCUGAAUGUGUCCGCUCAUAAAUACUAUUUAUAUGGCCUAGAAAGAAUAUAACUAUCCUGUACAAGGCAGUCUGUGAACAAUGCAUUCUUUGUUUUCCUGGCUGUGUAAUGUGUAGUCUGGAUCUAUUUUAGAAAGUUACUUUCAUUGAAUGUGUAUGUUUGGUUAGCUUUCUGUCUCAAGCUAUAAAAUGUGACACAAUUACUCUUUCUUACAUUUACCUGACAAUUAACCAGAGUACCAAGUUCUUGUGAUGUCAAUUAAUUUUGUGAGUGUGUGGUGGAGGAGGGACAGGGAAGAGGGAAUGUAAGUUUCUAGAGAGUGCAGGAGGGGAGAGGUUCUUGAUGGGGAAAGUUUUGUUCAUUGCUGCUGCCUUUAUUACAGCUUUUUCCCCCUUUCCCCUGGUGCAAGGAGUUUGUGGUGCAUUGAUCUUGCCCCAUUCAGACUGGGGAGGGAGGUGUAGGGGCCUUCUCCCACUUGCUGUGAAAGAACAGAUUCGCUGUGCAGGAAAAGGAGGCUGAGGAUGACUUUAGAGACCUUAUUUUCUUACAGACCAACACAUGGGAAUUGCAGCCAGCUGGCUUAAGCCAAAGUACAGUUGUAUAGAGUUCAGGGCAUUUGAUUGAGACUUUGAGGGCCUGGGACUGGCAGGGGGCAAGACAGGAAUAAAGAGAACGGGGAUUUCAGAGAUCUCUCUUCCCAAAUGUGUAAAUAUUCUAUACAAGUUAAAUUUAAACAAGAAAGUUAAUUGCUGCUUAAUUUUUAAUUAUGUACUUUAUCUGUAUAGCAAGCUUUGUUGUCAGACGUUUUUAUAUCAACUUAAAUCGCUGCUCUUUAGCAGCCAUACAGGAGCAAAAAUGUAAAAUUUUUGAACUUAGUGUGUCUAAUUGUCAUUUGUUAGUCUGUAGUUGAUGUUAAAACUUAAUUUAUGAAUUCACGAUCCUUCCACACUAUGCCAAAGUCAGCCAUGAAGCGAAUGCUGGCACUCUGUAGUGUCUCUCAAAGAUGGCUCCUUUCUGUGUCACAGGUAUAGUCGUCUUCCUCUUCAUGCUGUUUUUCGUAUCUCAGCUGCCACAUCUUUGUUUUGUCAACAGUUUUCAAGAAAGAGCACAGAAAUGUUUCCCAUUUUGCAUUCAGGGUGUGAAAGUGGACUCUUUUUUAAUGCCUGAACACCCAAAAGUGCAGUGCGAACUUAGAAGGGGAACUGUGUUUGGAGACUGCUUCUGACCUGCUAGAAGCUCUGGUGGAUGUUCUCCACUCAGGCCUGUGAAGCAUGGCCUUAAAGCUUAGCCAGUCAGGAAACUGAUUUAUUUAUAUGAUGUCCACAUUUUCCGCAGAAAAAAUAAUAUUUCCUAAGAAAACAUGUACUUAUUUGCAAAAUAUAUCUGUGCUACUGCAAACACUCCUUGAGAUUUUAAGGGAAUUCUGUUGUACCCUUUAGUGGCAACCUUGACUGUUGGCAUACCCAUUUGUUACGUAGUGGUAGCGAGUUUCCUGCCAUGCAGGAAUCCCUCCUGUGAAGUGUACAUUUUAUAUAAUGUGUGCCUCUUCAUGCAGUAAAUAAUUUCUUGUUAAUGUAUGCUUGAGGGGCCUCGAUUGUCAGCGUCAUUUAUCCGUGAUAUUAGCCAAGAUGUAAAAGGAUACAUAAUAAUUUAACAACUACUUGUUUUUUAUUCUGUCAAGUUACUCAGCUCACUUUAUGAAAAUGGCUGUAAAUACUUAGCAUGACAAAUUCAGUAACUCGUCUGUUUGAGCAUGCGUAAGACUUUUCAGUAGGGAAACUGAUAAAGCUUGAGUCAAUGAAAUCUGCCUUCAUACUUUAUCAACGGGGAACCGAGUCUGCUGUGCUUCCAUCAGCAUCUGAAGGAUUCUUUUUUCUCCUCUAACCUGUGUACAUGCAUCUCCAAGCAAAGAAGAGGAAAGCCAUCUCGGCUCAGACCCAUGCUGGUUUUGGACAUCGGAACGAACCUCGAUGAAGUACAGUCCGAGUUGCCAUUGUGCAAGUAGAACUGCUCUUGGACCUGUUUUUCUGUUUUUCGUGAAACCUAAACGUUUGAAUGACUUGAACGUUGCAUCUUUUAAAGUUAUUUUUUAAGGUUUCCUGGCAUUAAUUCUAGUUGUCUGUGUUUGGUAAUGUGCUGUUAAAAAUAAUAGAGUUCUAAUCUUUCUGUAAUUUUUUUUUUGUUUUCCCUUGGAGUACUUGGACAGCUGUUAUAGUGGUUUCUUUUAGGAAAAAUCUGUCAUUAAAAAAAAAUUAUAGCCUUGCAAAUAACCA